AUGGGGAAGGAGAUUGCACGGGCCGACAUUCAUGGUAAGGAGGUUACUAGUUACGAUUUGCUUUUUCUGUUGGGAUUCAAGCCACUACUUUUUGUGGACGGAACUCACUUGCUUGGUAAGUACGACGGGAUUCUGUUAAGUGCUACUGCCAAAGAUGGCAAUGAGGGUAUCUUCCAUGUAGCAUUUACAGUAGUAGAUAACGAAACAGAUGAUAAUUGGACUUGGUUUCUUGCUACCCUCAGGGAGGCAUUGUACGGAGAAGAUGAUUACGACAAAGUGAACGACAGCCUUGGGAAAUCAUUGAAAGAACAAUGUUGGUCAGUAAUCAUGAAAAUUGAGUACGCGUACACGUCUAAAGAGUUUGAUGAUGUAGUUGUUGAACUUGUAGCGCUUUCGAUCGAUACACAUGAUUGGUUGUUACACAAGUCUGACAUUGAUCAUUGGUGUAACUAUUUGUUCAAGGUUGUGCGGUGGUACAAGAUGUACUCUAAUGUAGCGGAGUCUUUCAAUGCCUGGAUCAAAGAGGCAAGGCAUCUACCGGUAACAAGCAUGGUUGAUACUAUAAGGAGAUGGGACGUACAUGGAUUGCCAUGCAAACAUGCAACUGUUGCGAUUAUGCAAACAGACACAAAUGUGUACUGCUAUGUCGACGAAUAUUUUACAACAGAAUCGUAUCGCCGUGCAUAUGUCGAACCAAUAUACCCGAUCCCUGACAGUGACAAGCCAUCGGAUGACGCCCGUCAGCUGAAAAUGCGGCCACCGAUAGCAAAGAAACGACCCGACCGUCCACGAAGAAAACUGGAUCGAAUCACAAGCAUUUGA